AACACUCAGCACACUAAAAGCGUCAUUCAUCACAAGUUUAAUCUGUCAGUUUGUAGCAGUUUUUUCCUUUUUUCCAACUUCCUGUUUCGUCAUCAACUCUAGAGUAUACUUCUAUCAAGCUGAAUCAGAGACUGGACUUCAUUGAGAAAAGCGCGUUCUCGGGUUUUUUUGGUCAGGUAACUCGACAAAGUUGGUUACAAACGUUAGCCAUUUGUUUUAGUUGACGUUUACGAUCACCUGCGUUUUUCAUGUUUAUACACAAGGAGAGAAGAUCAGUCAUGUUUCUUGGUCUUACGAGACUGCAACUGCUAGGAUGUUAACCACCUGAAGGUUCUUUUAAAUGAAAGGAAAGUUUGAUAUCGAUGUUGUAGCCGAUUCGACGAUAACUAAGCGGCGUGUUCAAAGGGCCACCAUGCCCGACUAUGCUAAGAUGAAAAAGCCGGACGUUAAAUUGGUCAUCCUCGGGGAUAUGAACGUUGGAAAGACCUCUUUGCUGCACAGGUACACGGAAAGAAAGUUUAAAGAUACUAUUAGUACGGUCGGAGGGGCGUUCUUUUUGAAACAGUGGGGACCGUACAACAUUUCCAUCUGGGACACCGCAGGUCGGGAGCAGUUCCAUGGCCUUGGUUCCUUGUACUGCAGAGGUGCAGCGGCGGUCAUCCUCACCUAUGACGUCACUAACUGGCAGAGUCUGGCGGAGCUGGAGGACCGCUUCCUGUCUCUGACCGACACGGCCAACAGCGACUGCAUUUUCGCCAUCGUGGGCAACAAGGCCGACCUCACCGACCCCAGAGCCCUUGUGGAGGAGGAAAGCGAGGAGGAGAAAGAGGUGGUCCCCCAGCUCAGCUCCUCACCCACAGGCCCCCCUAAGUUCCGUAAGCAGGUGCUCCGGGAGGACGCCAUGGCCUUUUACAGUCGCAUCCUGCGCUACAAGCUCCUGGACGAGGCCACCAGCCUGCCGGCGGAGAGCAUGUGCUUCGAGACCAGCGCCAAGACGGGCUACAACGUGGACCUGCUGUUCGAGACACUUUUCAACAUGGUCCUCCCGUCCAUACUCAAGAAGGAAUCGCAGAGCUGCUCUCCCACCGUCGACCUGGAGGAGUGCCGGGAGGUAAAGAGGACCAAGGCUGGGUGUUGCACUUGAAUCAUAAAGACUUGAACACUGUACGACACUUAUAGGAUAGUAGUUUUUUAGGGUCCACAGGGUUCAUAAUCUGUUUGUGUGUGUUUCUCUGAGAUUCGCUGUUGCCUGUGUUGAUUUUCUCACGCUUGCAUGCAAUACAAAGCUAUGGCUGCUCCAAAUAAGGGGCGAACUUGGUGGGGAAGUUGCUCAUAAUGAGAUAAUCAACCGGAUAUGCAAUAAGUCAUAACACAACUCAGAUUUGCACUAUGGCUUCACUAAAUUAUGGGUUUUCUGGCCAAAGCACAUUAUUUGUAGGUCUUAAAUUAUCACCAAAGCCUUUUUUUAAAUGUUUAUAGUUCCACAAGGAAGAAAAAAACAAGAUGGAAAGUCACACUGUUGGGUGAGUAGUCAGUUCAGUGGUACGGCUGCCAAUUGUCUGGGUGAUUACAGUUGUCAGUUGGUCCUGUUUUUGAAGGUGCUUCAAGAGACUUCAUGUUGUAAUGUUUUAUGUUUUCAAUGUUUUAGGCGAUGCUUGUGUUUUGUUGAUUUUUUUUUACGUGCGUUUUGUAUCAAAUCUAUCUUGUAAAAGAUGUGAAACUAUUUAAGAAGUACAUUUUAUAUUGUAUUUUUCCCUUCUGAUUGUACAUUAAAGAAUAAAGAUUCUCAAUUUAAAAUAUUAUUGGUGAAAGAGCCAAGUUAUUUGUGCUAAAUUUCAUGUUGCAUUUUUUUUUUUCAUGCCUUACAUUAUGAUUUCCACAAUUGAACUUAACCAAAGGUGUUAUGCAGUAUGGUGAAAAAUAACAACUCAAGUUGUGGUUAAACUGAGUAAAGUCCUUGCUCCUCCAGCAUGUUACUGCUAAAAAUAUUGUUUUUCACUUGCUAUACUAAUCUUUUGUAUUAAACUGCAAUAUUAAUAUACUAUCAAUGCAUGCCUUUAGAGUUUGUAAGUUGUACAGAGGGCCCCUGGAUCAAAAAACUCCUUUUUAUGUUUUCAUGCAUAUCAGUGUGGAAAAUUAUCCAAUUUUCCCUGUGUUUGGUAAUGUGGCCAUGUUACUGUUUAACAUAUUACAAACUGCUUUUCCAUUUAUUAACUACAUGGGGAUUUAGAAAGGAGUUAGAAAUUAAUUAUAGUCCUUCAUUAUUAUAUGUCUGUUAUCUGAAAUCUUUUGAUUAUAGAUUUCCUUGAAGCACAGCUCAACUUUGAUAAAAUGAUAAAAAUCUUCAUUUUUAGCAAUAUUUCAAAUGUAUAUUAUUAUUAUUAUUAUUAUUGUGUGGUAGAAGUAGUAGUGAUGACAGUAGUAUUGCAAAUUUAUUAUUUCUAAUAAUAAAUAUGGUACCUUUCCUCCUUGUGUCACUGUAACCACUGCAAAAUGUGUUAAGAUGCAACAAUGUGAAAGACUGAGGAGUAUAAUAAAAAUGUGCGACUAAUUACAAAACAAACCAAUAACAUUUAUUUAGCUGUAAUUCAAACCCAGUAGUAAAAUGUAAUAGGAUUCACAGGCUCUUAUUCAGUAAAUUACAUCAAAUUAAUGGAACAAGGAUAUCAAACACUGAUUUAUAAGCACAUGUACACAUUAGAGGUUACAAAUAUUUGAAGGAAGCAUUGCAUUGAACGUAUACUGUAUUUGUCACAUGAGCAAGUUUAAGUGUGUUAUGCAUGGCUUGUCCUGAUGUAAGAUGAAUACUUAUUUUGGUUGCAGUGUUGUUUCAGGAUGAUGCUACAGAAUUAUAUACUGUCAGUGAUUAUCAAUAGAAUAAUUAAAGGAGAUUUUCAGUGCAUGUUCUGUAGCUGUAAAUAAACAGAUCUGGAUAAUCUUAUUCCACAAUAAUGACAUUUUAUUCUCUUGUGUGUAGAUUACUGCUGACAU